CAGAGAUCUGGUGCUAUUACGUCCCCGAGUCUAAGGGAACGAAUAAGCACAGAAUUAAAAGCAUUCUUCAGCCUGAAUUUUUAAGGGGUGCACUUAGGAACUAGGCAAGCUGAUUUAUGAUAACUAAGCUUUAAACUCCAACAACCAAAGGUGUAAGAAUUAGGAGCUGCUGACAUUUCAAUCAAUAUGAAGGACAACUUCACCCUUGCCACCAUAAGCAGAAACAUUACCAGCAGUCUUCACGUCGGACUUGUGAACAUUUCUGGCAAUGAGUCUACCUUUAACUGCUCACAUAAGCCAUCAGAUAAGCAUUUAGAUGCAAUUCCUAUUCUCUACUACAUUAUUUUUGUGGUUGGAUUUCUUGUCAAUACUAUAGUGGUUACACUGUUUUGUUGUCAAAAGGGUCCUAAAAAGGUUUCCAGCAUUUAUAUCUUCAACCUGGCUGUGGCUGACUUACUGCUUUUGGCUACUCUUCCUCUCUGGGCAACCUAUUAUUCUUACAGAUAUGACUGGCUCUUUGGACCUGUAAUGUGCAAAGUUUUUGGUUCUUUCUUGACCCUGAACAUGUUUGCAAGCAUUUUUUUUAUCACCUGCAUGAGUGUUGAUAGGUACCAAUCUGUCAUCUACCCCUUUCUGUCUCAAAGAAGAAAUCCCUGGCAAGCAUCUUAUAUAGUUCCACUUGUUUGGUGUAUGGCCUGUCUGUCCUCAUUGCCAACAUUUUACUUCCGAGAUGUCAGAACAAUUGAAUAUUUAGGAGUGAAUGCUUGCAUCAUGGCUUUCCCACCUGAGAAAUAUGCCCAAUGGUCAGCUGGGAUUGCCUUAAUGAAAAAUAUCCUUGGUUUUAUUAUCCCUUUAAUAUUCAUAGCAACAUGCUAUUUUGGAAUCAGAAAACACCUACUGAAGACCAACAGCUAUGGGAAGAACAGAAUAACUCGUGACCAAGUUCUGAAGAUGGCAGCUGCUGUUGUUCUGGCGUUCAUCAUCUGUUGGCUUCCCUUCCAUGUUCUGACCUUCCUGGAUGCUCUGGCCUGGAUGGGUGUCAUUAAUAGCUGUGAAGUUAUAGCAGUCAUUGACCUGGCACUUCCUUUUGCCAUCCUCCUGGGAUUCACCAACAGCUGCAUUAAUCCCUUUUUGUAUUGUUUUGUUGGAAACCGGUUCCAACAGAAGCUCCGCCGUGUGUUUAGGGUUCCAAUUACUUGGCUCCAAGGCAAGAGAGAGAGUGUGUCAUGCCGAAAAAGCAGUUCCCUUAGAGAAAUGGAGACCUUUGUGUCUUAAACAUGAGAGUGGAAUGCAUGUUAUCAACAUGGUUACUUGGUUUGAGAUCUCCCUGAAUUAUCUUUUAAUGGCUUUAGGAAAAUAACAAGUUUUUCUCCUUGAUGUAAUCUUCUCUCACUCUUCUAGAACAGGAAACCAAAUGUAACUCUAAGUUUUAUCCUCCAGUGACUUUCAAGAAUUGCCCAGCUUUUUUUUUUUCUGGUCUAUCUGUACAAGACUGUCACUGGGGAAAUGUAUCCAUAACCAAGAAGUAACUGGGGAUUUAUCUCAAAUUAUAAUUAAUAGGAAGUUAUGAAUGAUGAUUUGGGGUUUCAGAUUUCUCCUUGAGAUAUGCUGGAGUUUUUAUUGGUUCUUAGAUCCAUUUUCAUCAAGCUUUCCUCUUGAACCAAGGCCGGUCUUUUAACUCAUUACAUUAUUUACAAGACAUUACGCUAAAAGAAAUGAGCACUUCUAGGUGCAGUAUACUACAAUAGAUUGGUACCAGUUAUUCAGGCUCUAGGCAUUUGCCUUCUACUUUAUAUUAUAAAUAAUAAUCCUUUUAUAUUUCGCUUGAGCAUAAGUCUGUAUUUAAGAUAUAGCUACUUAUUGAGUAGGGUUAGGAAUAUAGAUUAGAUCACAUGUACUCCUACAUUUUAGCUUUUAUUUACAGUUAUAGGAAGUAAAAUGUAUAA